AUGAAGAAAUUAGAACUAGGAAAAAACUCACAAACAAAUAAUAAUAGAAAUUUGGCAGGAUAGAUUCUUAACUUAUAUUGGAAUUUUUAACUUUAGGCGCAGCUAAAGAAUCUCAAAAACUUGACCAACUGCGAAUUCCAUUUGCAAUAUUUUAGACUUGAUGAAAAUUUUCUGAAUGAAAAAGACCAAACUCUUUUAAUUAGUUUCUUAAUGAUCGUCUACCUGCUAAAACAAAUUAUUUUAAUUUUACGUAGACAAUUAUUUAAGAAAGUAUCGAAUAUAGAGAUAGAUCAUACGAUCGUUUUUAGUCUAAUUUGUAUUUGUCAUUUAUAUUUUACUUAAGUCUUUGAAAUUAUCCCUUGCAAUAUUUUCAUACCCAAUACAAUGUCACAGAUUUGA